UGGUUAGUUGUGGGUGUCGGUGGUUUUGGUGAUUCUGGGUUUAGGUUUGUUGAUUUUUGUUAAUUGUGAUUUUUUUGGUUGGAUUAAUACUUAAUUACAUGUCCUUAUAUUUCAAUAAUCAUGCUGUAAAAGUUUUGCCUAGGCCUCCGCAAAAAGUACAUUUGUUGCAAAUAACCGUUAACGGAGGAAGUAUCAUAUUUCCUGAUUUGGUGAGUGAAGGCCAUACAGUUUGCAUUAGUGCCAAUAUUGGGCCUAUAGCCUAUUGGCUAUAUACUUCCAUUUUUUUUUUACUUACAAAAACUGGGCCUAUUGGCUAAAAAAAAAUAAUGGGUUUCAUUACUUACAAAAACUCUGUUACAAAUGUCUAUUAAAAAAAAAAAAAAAAAAACUCUGUUAUAAAUGUAAUUUAUUAUCUUACCCCCUAUUAUUGUUUAUUUGCCCUCUUUUUGUUUUUUGCAUGGUUCUUUAUGCAACAUUGCAAUAACAAUUUCCUUAGAUAUGUAUUAAGAAAAAAGAGUUAUGUAUAAAUAAAAACUUAAAAUAAAAAAUCAAUCAAACAAAUCAUGCUAAUGUUGUAUUCCAUUUUCCCCAACCUAUUUACAUUUUUUUUUGCCAAAUUGACAACAAAUUCAUUCUAAGGUUGACAACAAUUUCGUCACAAAUGUUUUUGUCCUGGUUAAUUGUCAGUGUCACACCCUCUUUUACGAUCAAGUGACUAGGUUACGUCUUACUCGUAGAAAUUGUAGUAGGAUUACUGGAUUAGUAAUUCGUGCCAAAAAAAAAAAAAAGUUCUCAUAUAGUCGUAUCAAAACCUUGUCAAGUGUUAAAAGUCUGUGUGCAACAAUUUACAAGUACUCCGUUUUAUGGAGUAUCUAAUCUGAGUAUCUGAGAUUCUGAAUUACGGAGUAAUAGGACUGUAGGAGUCUUGGAAAGAAGAGGUUAAGAAAGAAAGAAAGAAAGAAAAUUUGAGAAAAUAUUGAAGCACUGAAAUCUUUCAUUAGACUCCCAAAAGCAAAAAGAAAAAAAUGAGAAAGAACCCUAGAAAACCGAAAACCCAGAAAGUAGUGGAGGAGAAAGAGACCAGUGAUUCUGAAACUAGCGAAAAUUCGAAUUCAGAUGACCCCAAAAUCCCAGAAAACAAAGCAACAGAGUAUGAGAAACAAAGAGAAUUAAGAAUUGCUCAAAAUAAGGCGAGAAUUGAGGAUUUGGGUUUGCGUAAUAUUGCGAAUUCUUUGAUGAAUUUAUCCCAAAAGGGAGGAAAGAGAAAAUCAAACCUCAAUUCCAAAAGGGUUCCCAAGAAUGGCAAAGAUGAUGAUGAAUAUCAGCCUAUUGAUGAAGACCCAAAAGAUGAUAGUAGUGAUUCUAGUUUGGAUAGUUCCAGUGAAGAAUUUGAGGAGCAAGAAAAGAGGAAGAAGAAGAAGCAGAAGAAGAAGGUGGAGCUGGAUUCAAGGGUUGUCAUUCCUGAUAGCAGUCUGCAGUUUAUGGGUCAUUGCGGGGAGAAAAUAUGCUUAACGUUUCCAGAGGGUCCCGAGGAGGAGGUUAAGGAGUUGAUGGAUUGUUUUCCAAAAGGGUUUAAUGGGUUUAAUCGCGAGACAGGUGAAAGAGCUCUUAGAUAUAUUGCUUGUCUUAAGGCAGAUUGCUGGAAAUUGAGGAGAUCAUAUGUUAUAUAUCCAGAGUUCUGUGAGGAGGUAAUGGAGGGACUGCCUUUUCCUGAGGGUUUUAAUGGGUUUAACCUGGAAGAAAGUAAAGAAAUUUGUGGAGUGAUUGUUGCUUUAAUAAAUGCUCAAUCAAGACUGAAGAAAUUAUUUCAAUCAUAUGUGCAGGGAUCCAAAAGUUUUCCGUGUCCCCAAUAUCAGCCUUAUACUCAAGUUUUCCGUCCCCAACAUCAGGCUUUCACUCAAGUUACGUGUCACCAACAUCAGGCUUCCACUCAAGUUCCAUGUCCCCAACAUCAGGCUGCCACUCCUGUCACUGACCCUGUCCAAUUUAAUGCUCUUAUGUAUCCUGAUCACGGGCAGUUUUUUCCUUACUGGUGUCCUCCCAUGACUCCAUUUGGCAUGGCCCCAACUGCAUGGAAUCCUUAUAAUGCCAACUAUGCUCCACCUUACAUGGGCAAUUCUUCUGGAAUGCCUUAGUUUUGAUGGACGUAUGCGUAGAAAAUUAGUUGAGGUGUUGGAGUGCUUGCUCUGCCCGUCAGCUAUCAACAGGUUGCUUCAUGGUUGCAAUCUCAUUGAGGAUAGAGUGGUUUUAUGACCAAAGGAGAGGAUGAUAGUUGAUUUAGUGGAUUUUAUGAACAUUUUAGAGAGUUGAACUUUGUGCUUGUAUGAUAUUGCCCCCUCUCCCUUUCCCAAAAACAAUCCGGUCUUAUGCUUUGUUGCAAUUUAAAUGCUUUCUUCCUUCCCCGGAAGCAAGUAUGAAAGAAUAGUGUUGCACUCACUCAUCAAUCAGACUGGUCAAAGAGAUAAUGAAGUUUUAAGUUUGCCUCU